UGUCUGUGGCGUUGAUUUGUAAAUUAAAAAUGGCGUCGUUUAUCCGACCAAAUGAGUGAAAAAGAUAUUUUUUAAUUGUUUUCUUACUAAAAAAACUAUUUAUGUUUACAAAAAACUGAAAUAGUACAAAAUUUGUGUGCUUAAAACAUAUUUAUAAGUGUGCAGCGCGUCUAUAUUUUGUUUUAUUAGUAUUAAAAGUGUAAUGUGGUUAGUGUUGUUAAAAGUUUAUAACAUUGAGUUUUACAUGAUUCCUGAACAAGUUUCAUUAGUAAGAUGCUGCCCACAGUGGAGGAGAUAAGGGGUUAUGAUUUUUUAGACCCCGAAAAUGUAGAUAAAUGGAGAGGAAUAUUCGUAAACCCACUUAAAAAGGUUUUAGAACAAGUGCAUCCAUCAUUGAGUGCUGAAGAGAGUGCCCUAGAGUAUGUGGAAUCAUUAUGCCUGAGAUUACUCUCUACGCUGUGUGCAGCACCGACACCUAGAACUGUACAGGAUGUGGAAGACCGUGUGGCUAGAACAUUCCCGACACCUUUGGACAAAUGGGCUCCAGCUGACGCUCGGGAUGCAGCCACUAAUAAGCGACGGAGACCAUUGCUUCCACAUGACAGAUUACACAACAUGUUGCAUAAGGAAGUGUUCCAAUACAAAAUUGACAGUUCAGUGUCAGUGUUCAUGACUGCCAUAUUAGAAUAUGUUAGUGUCGACAUACUAAAGUUGGCCGGAAAUUUUGUUAAGAAAAUGUCACAGAAGUCUGGUUAUGAUACUAUAACCUGCCAGGACAUAAAGACAGCCAUGUGUGCUGAUAAGGUUUUAAUGGAUAUGUUUUAUCAAGAGACAGAAUUGACAGUGGUGGAGAAUUCCACUAGCACAGACAGGAGGGGCCGGAGGGGAUCCCUCUCUUAUGCAGAGCUGGUCCGAGACCUCAUGACUGACGAGAAGCACUUCCUAAGGGACUUGCAUCUCAUAAUAAGGGUCUUCAAAGAAGAGCUAGAUAAAAUACUGGAUGGAGAUACGAGGACUCUGUCCCUGAUUUUUGGCAAUAUAGUGGACAUCUACGAACUGACUGUCACUUUACUGGGAAAUUUGGAGGACGCCAUGGAGAUGUCAGAGGACUCUCCUUCACCAUAUAUUGGAAGUUGUUUUGAAGAAUUAGCUGAAGUGGAAGAGUUUCGUGCGUACGUCCGAUACGCCAACAUCGUCACCAGGAAGGAGUCCAGGGAGGCCUUGCAGAACAUCGUGGACGAUCCGAUCUUAUCGGAAGGUCUCAAGACAGCCGGGCAGGGUUUCCUGCUGGCCACGAAGUACUACCUGCCCCGGUUGCUGCUGGCCCCCGUCGGACACGUGUUCCUGUACCACAAAUACGUGCUCGCCCUGCUGCACGCCGCGCCCACGGUCGACGACCGGGAGAGCUUUAAACAGGUUCAGUGCAAUUUAGAUCCGAUCAAGAAAUUACUAGAUAAAGCAUUGGGGAACGGACCGAAAAUGGACGGUACCCUGCGGAUGGCGAGCAGGUCGCGCCGACAGCAAGCCAUCGAGAAGUGCAACGAGCUGGCGCGGGUCGUGGACAACUGGGACAACCGGGACAUCGGACAGUGCUGUAACGAAUUCAUCCGGGAAGACAUACUGUCGAAGAUAGGGCCCGGCAAGAAGGUGGCCGAGCGGAGGGCCUACCUGUUCGACGGGCUGCUGCUGCUGUGCAAGCCCGCCACCAGCCUGGUGACGGUGAACAGCGGGGGCGGCGCCGGCGGGGUGGGCGCCGUGCAGCUCAAGCUCAAGGAGAAGCUGCACAUCCGGAAGCUGGAGAUCGUGGACCGGCCCGACACGGACGAGGCGCGACACCUGCUGGAGCUGUCCCCGCGCGUGGGCGGCCCCGUGGUGCUGGCGUGCGCGUCGGCGCCCGACAAGCGGAACUGGAUGUGCGACCUCGUCAUGCUCAACACCAAGCCCAUGCUGGACCGGUUCCUCGAGAGCAUCCUGUCGGAGCUGGAGCGGCGGCACCCGCUGCGGCUGCCCCCGCCGCGCCUGUACCGGUUCGCGGAGGCCGACGCGCCGCACAACAUCCUGCUGGAGCAGCCGCCCGUGCGCCGCCCCGCGCUCGUGCCGCUCGUCAAGGGCGCCACGCUGCUCAAGCUGGUGGAGCGCCUCACGUACCACGUGUACGCCGACCUGGCGCUCGUGCGCACCUUCCUCACCACCUACCGCUCCUUCUGCGAGCCCCGCGAGCUGCUGGCGCUGCUCAUCGAGCGGUUCCGCAUCCCCGAGCCCGCCGACGUCUACGACAAGCCGCCCCCAGCGGAGAGCAUAGAGAGCGUGGCCAGCAGCGACGCCGAGAAGCUCAGCAAGAACACCGUGAGGGAAGACUGGAAGAGGUACAGGAAGGAGUUCCAGCAGCCCGUCAAGUUUAGGGUUAUUAACGUUAUUAGACACUGGGUGGAUCAACACUUUUAUGAUUUCGAAAGAGAUCCCGAGCUUUUGGACGAGCUCCGAGAGUUCCUGGAGUCCGUCGACGGGAAACCCAUGAGGAAGUGGGUCCAGAGCGUGCUCAAGACCUUGCAGAGGAAGAGCCAGCCGGCGGAGGGCGAGGGCGCGGUGUCGCACGUGUUCGACCGGGCGCCUCCCGCGGUGCUGCGGCACGUGUCGGACCCAGAGCGCUGCGACUGGCACCCGCUGGCGCUGCACCCGCUCGAGCUCGCCAGGCAGAUCACGUUGCUGCACUUCCAUCUCUACAGGCAGGUAAAACCAUCCGAGCUGGUCGGCGCCGUGUGGACGAAAAAAGACAAGGAGAAGACUAGCCCUAACCUGUUGAAGAUUAUAAAGCAUACGACCAACUUCACGCGCUGGAUGGAGAAGUGGAUAGUGGAGAGCGAGAACCUGGAGGAGCGCGUGGCGGUGGUGUGCCGCGUGCUGGAGCUGGGCGUGGCGCUGCUGCACCUCAACAACUUCAACGGCGUGCUGGCCGUCGUAGCCGCCGCCGGCAGCGCCUCCGUGCACAGACUCCGGGCCACCUUCCAGUUGAUUCCUCUCCGCCUGCAAAAAUACCUCGAGGAGCUCCGGGAGCUGAACACAGAUCACUUCCGGAGAUACCAGGAGAGGCUGAGGAGUAUCAACCCUCCGUGCGUCCCCUUCUUCGGCAUGUACCUCACCAACAUCCUGCACAUCGAGGAGGGGAACCUGGACUACCUUCCAAAUUCCGAAUUAAUAAAUUUCUCGAAGCGAAGAAAAGUGGCGGAGAUCACGGGCGAGAUCCAGCAGUACCAGAACCAGCCCUACUGCCUCACCGUGGAGCCCAGGACCAGGGCAUUCCUGGAGUCGCUGGACCCGUUUCCCGGGAAAGACGACAUCGAGAUCACAAAUUAUCUGUACAACAAAAGUCUGGAAAUAGAGCCCCGGCCGCCGGUCAAACAGAUGCCGAAGUAUCCCAGGAAGUACCCGGACCUGUCGCUGAAGCAGGUGAAGGCCAGCCGGAGGAACCAGCACGACCACUCCACCUGCGACGACAACCUCAGCGUGUCGCAGCUGUCCCCCACGGGCAGCUCGUGGGACGGCGCGUCGGUGGCGUCGCUGCCCAUGCACCACGACGACCACAGAGGCGGCAGGGCGGAGGCCGGCAGCCCCAAGGCCGACGCGCGCUCGCUCAGCCAGCUCAGCCUCUUCGACAAGAAGCUCAGUCUGUUCGACAAGGGCAGGAGCCACAGGAACAGCGAGCCGCCCUCCCCCAGGGACAAGCACUCCCCCAGGCACGACCGGCCGGCGCCCGUCGAGAGAAAACCACAGAACUUAUCGCCGCGGAACCCCAUCGUCGACGCCGACUCCUUCUACACGAGCCGACACAGCCUCGAGCUCGGCGCCAGGAAGCACGAGAGUAAAGAGGAGAGCGUGCCCCCCCUUCUGCCGCGACACAGCGAGCCACCCCCAGCCCCGCCGCGCCGGAUAGACACCCACCAUGCGGCGCCGGGCGAGCAGCCGCCGGAGCCCCCGGACCGGCCGCAGCCCAGCCCCCAGCACUGCGAGCUCCUCAGAAUGCCAGCCUUGUCGCCGAAGAGAUCUCCAGCGCCGCAGCCGCCGAUGAGCCCGCCCGCGCCGCCCGACAGGGGCGUGUUCAGCUUCCCCUGCGGACCCCCCACCCCGUCGCCCCCCGCGCCCCCACUCACCCCGCACCCCGCGGCCGUGACGCCGCCCCCCCUGCCCCCGCGCCGCCGCCGCGACUCCACCGCGCCGCACACGCCGCUGCCGCACACGUGGAGCAGCACGGAGCCGCCCCCCCUGCCCCCGCGCCCGGCCCCCUGCCCCGCGCCCGCCCUGCUGCGCCCCGCGCUGUCCACCAUCCUGCAGCGGAGACACAACAACACAGCGCUGGCCCCCCGCCUGCCACCCAAGCCCCCCCCGGCGGCGCUGUCCCGCACCUAACCCCCGCGGCCCCCGCCACCGUCUGCCGCCCUCGGCAAUAAAACGUGAUAAACAAAUUACAUAAAUAAUGAAACAUAGUACAAUACGAUGUAUUAAUUAAUGUAAAUAUAUAUACAUAUAAUAUUAUAUGGAAUAAAUUGAUUAUAUUGAGUAGAGGACAUCCGAACGACAUUUGUACAGACCACAUUCCGUCUCGGUCCCCCCUGCCCCCGGCCCCCGGCCCCCGGCGGCGCGCCCCGGGCAGCCAAGCGCCGGGGUGAGAUGUCGAAACGUAUUGCUUAGGGAAUGCCGCGCUCUCUGUCCGUGUCGCCUCUCACCCCGGUCCCCCGGGUGGUCAGGGCGAGGGUCGCACGCCUGGCUCACGCGUGUGACCCCGGGGACGGGACCAGAGCCGGACCCCGGCCCGCGCACACGCAGCACGCCGCCGUGUGGCGACAUGUCGCUAGUGCAUUGUACAUGAAAAGGUGCUAAAUGUAUAUAUAUAUAAAUAAAUAAAUGUGUAAGGGAGAUGUUGUUCGUGGGUCUGCGCGGCGCUCGUCGACGGAACUUGUGAACAAUAUGCUUGUAGUUUGUAAAUGACUCUGAAUGUGAAAGUUUUGUUUACAGCAUUGUGACGUCAUAAUGUUAAUAAAGUUGUUGACUGUUUGUUUAUUAAAGAGAGAAAAAUGAAAUUAUUUAAAAUGAAUAUUUUAAGUUUUGUAUAGAAAUAAAAAAGCGGCCUUAUCGCUUAAAGCGAUCUCUACCAGACAAUCUCGUGAAGCACAUUGUAUUCAUACGAUAAUUGUAUAUUAUAUACACGAACGCUUAUAAUCAAAUAGCAUCACUUCGAGUAUUCUUAAGCAAUUAGUUCGAGAUUCGCUUACCGUCAGAAGGGAAUGUGAACAAAACGAUAAUGUGUAAACAUUCCACAGGUAUAUAUAUAUAUUUUAAAAAAGUAGUCGUUUGUACAAAAAUAGAUACUUAUGUAAGUGUUUCAAAAAGGCGCUUGGUCGGAGCGACGCGCCGGACACACGCGGAUACAAUAGUUUAGCAGAACUGACUUCCGGCGCCUGGACGGGGUGAGCCUUUCGUCUGAUACCAACCUGAAGUUGAAUGAGCAUACCAACGUAUGGCACUAACUGUAUGAGAAGAAUUAAAAUUUUGAGAUUUGUUGUUAAAUGUUAUGAAAAUUUGUAUUAAAUAAAUGUUACGAAUUAGUCCGUUCUGCUAAAUUACGUUCGAUUCGCGUCCUUGUCUCGCAUUCAUCAUUAAGAUGUCGCCGUCUCUCUUCUACACGCAUCAUCUGUCUUUAGAGCGAGAGCAAACAUGAUCUCGGAGCUGGGUACAAAACUGGAAUUAAAUGACUAAUAAUAAUAAUGUUAAAAUAAUAUUCAUCCGCUGAAUGUUGUUCCUUAUUUUGUUAUUAAAGUGAGCAAUGAUAAACAUCAUAAAUCAGAAUAAGUUUGUUAUUAAAAAUAAAAAACAAAUAGAAAAGAAAGAAGCUAUGUCAUGGUCAUAAAUCUUAACAGGCUGUUUCAUGCAGGCAACUGUUGCUUUAGUGAUUUAAAAAAAAAAAAUGGCAUACAUUUUUGGCGGGAGAUGAAUUAUGUACAAAUAAAAGUUAAAAAUGAAUUCCCUUUCUAUCUCUAACCAUAAUGUACCCGUGCUAUUGUAGUUGUCACGCUUCACUGACAUGUCAGUCGUUGAUUUAGAACUAUGCUAGACAAAUAGAUUCAUUGUCUCCUCCGUAGGUCAGGCGACAGGGGCGUGCCCAGGUGAUAUUCUUUCCCGUAGACAUUGAUCACAUUUGUUUUAUUAGUUUACAAUUUCGGACAUUUCGAAUCUAUUUUUGUGAUCAUUCUUACUGUCCGGUCGUAGGAUGCUUUGGCCAGUCGUCAUCAGACGGUCGAGAUGGAUGUGGGGUCGUUUGACUUACCCUACUAACAUUCAUCGUUUGUGCAGCUCAGCGCUAGGACAUUGAGCUUAAAUUAAAUGUUAUUGAAAUAAACGCGAUCUCUACAAUUUUGGAAAUACUUAUAUUGAUAUGCGUAUCUUCGAUGCACUAAGAGCAGGCCAUGUGAACUGGUAGUUGAAUUUAAAUUGUCUAUUCAUCAAAUAGCAUGAAUACUAGGUCUAAAAAUUACAGGCGAACGAAUUUGAGAAGAAUACCAACAGUAGGAUUUAGUAAAUAAAAAUACCGGCAUCUUUCUCGUUUGAAAUUACCGUGGGCACGCUCUUGUUUAAGAGGGUUACCUGUUGCAUUUCUACUGUAUUAUCAACUAUAAUGUUUCGGCUCGAUACGACUGUAGGCGAGCAACUGGCGCACAGGUCUUCCACAUUUUUAAAGUAGCAUCGACACACAAGUGGACAAGUAAAAACUGAUUUAAGAUUAACGCCCUAAUAUAGUCGCUACAUAAACAUAAUUUCGUUACAUUAUGAUUUGAAUGUCAACAAAAACAGAUAUUGAUGUCUAGCUCAGCUGUUGCGGGUGCCAGACAUGGCGCGCACGAAUCUACCAAUAGCAAAUGGUAGCGAGCCGCUCGCUCACACGGGGCGUCACGAUUGGCUAAAAAAUUUUUCGCGCUUUUAUCAAAGGCUACUUCUGCGCGGGAACUUCGUUGUAACUUAUAUACGCGGCAGAUCAGAAAUUCAAGACCCGCAAUGUUGUGGCAUCGAGCGCCAACACCUAAUGCGAUCAAAUUACGGGCAAGGCUUUCGAAUGAUCCGUAGGCCGUCAAAGAUUUCUUUCGAAAGUAAUAUUUGCAUAAAAUUUUAUAUAUGCGUAAUGUCAUGGAUAUAAUUGAAAAACCUUUCAAAGUCGAAGGUCGACGAAGCCUUCAUAAUAAUUUGAUUGCACAGCUGGUUUGAACGUAAUCGUACACAUUUUAAAAUAAUAUGAAGACUUGUGAUGAAAUGAAGUCGCAUAUUUUCAUAUAAUUGUUGUAAUACAAACGAGUCGAGAGAUAAUAUUGUUCGGGAUGCGAACACAAUCAAUAAAUACUGUUAUAUAAAA